AUGAGCUCUUCCUCCAAUUCACAACGUUCCAAUAAUCAUCUGCUGCUGAUAACCACAGCCUCGACGGUUCUGUCACUGGGCAUUUCGGUUCUAUUAUGGCGCAGUGUCUCCAAACUCCACCAAAAGAUCGAUGAGUUGGAAACGACCAAUAACAAACACACGGGAAUGGGAGGAUCCUCCCAUCGUCGUCACACGAGCGGUCGACGACGCAGUCUUUCCGAACGACAACAGGACAAUGAGGAUCACACAGUCAGUCGAUCGCUGCCACAUCUUCCAGCAGGCGAAUACCCCCAACCAGAACUCGUCUUGACGGCCGAUGCGGAAGAAUUGCCCAUUCGAUUCCAAAAGGCCGGCAAGGACGACCCGGCAGAAGGUCGACAACGAUUUGUCGCUACACUGGAAUGGCGCGAACGACACGACAUGAACACGGCCCUCUAUCGAGCGUGGCCCAAUUUUGAACUCAUCAAGGAUAAUUAUCCACACUAUUUUCACGGAAAGGGGCAGAAUGGGGAACCCGUCUUUUACGAACAACCGCCCAAGACGGAUUUGAAGGCACUCCGUGCAGGAGGGGUCCAAUUGAAGGAACUAUUGCAACAUUAUGCCAUGAUUUGCGAGUUCCAAUGGCAGUACGUGACACGAGAUGAUGAACAGAAAUCAAUUUACAUUGUCGAUUUAGAGGGCAUGGGAAUGUACGAUUUCGUCGGGGAGUGCAAGGACUUUGUCCGAGAGGCAUCGCAGUUUGCUUCGGCACAUUAUCCAGAACGAGCGGGAGUUGUACUCGUGGUCAAUGUCCCAUACUGGUUCAAAAUGGUAUGGAAUGUCGUCAAAAAUUGGAUUGAUGAAGUGACGUUACAAAAAAUAUUCAUUCUCAGAGGAAAGGAUGAAAUAUUCCAAACACUCUCCGACAAGAUUCCCAUUGAAAACAUUCCCAAACAAUACGGUGGAGAGAGUCCCUACGAGCUAGGCAACUCGCUCGAAGAACAAUUGUUGCGGAAUUUGAUGGAACACAACAAUGACAAAGAAGACAAUGGCGGAAUCUGUCCCAAUGCCGGGGGCAGUGAACCAUGUCAGUUCUGUACCUUUCGAUAUGCUAGGAACUAUUAG